CUAAAGUUAGCCGUUAUUCGUUAGGACUUGCUUAUGGUAGCAUUUGCUAAAGGAGGACAAUUCUAAAACCUCUCUUUGUGACUUUGUCUUCCACAACUUGAAGUCUUGAACUUGAAACUCUUAAACCCUUCAUUCAUACAACAAUGGCUCUGAAGCUAAUUAUCAAACUCAAAGCCACCAAAGAAUUCCACACCCAAACACACCCUUACAACGUCCUCCUCUCAAACACCCACCAAAAUCGUCAAAUGACAACAAGCAAAAGAGUUCAAGACAGGAGCAAAAAGAAGCGAGUUCACGACCUCGAAAUCGUCACCGAAAAAUGGAAAAUUUUCUCCAAAAUCCACCAUUUAAUGGAGGUAAUCAAAUCUGAACCAGAACAUGUGAUUUCAAUUAGAUUUCUUGAGCAACAUCGUCACCAAAUUAGCCUCCCUAAACCCCAUAAAUUAUCUGAUUUCUUACGAAAAUCCCCGAAAUUGUUUGAAUUGUAUAAAGAUGGUAAGGGAGUUUUGUGGGUUGGAAUGACCCAGGAAGCUGAGGAGUUGAUUGAGGAGGAGGAGAGAGAAAUUGAGGCGCAUUCUGAUAAGGUGGCUGAGUAUGUCACCAGGAUUUUGAUGAUGUCGGUCGAUAAGCGAUUGCGGGUCGAUAAGAUUGCUCAUUUUAGGAGGGAUUUUGGGUUGCCAUGGAAUUUUAGGAGCAAUUGGGUGCAUAAGUAUCCGAAUUUGUUUAGGUUGGUUAAGUAUGAGGCUGAUGAUGGAGGUGAGGAUCAAGAGUUUUUGGAGCUUGUUGAUUGGAAAAAUGAGUGGGCGGUCACGGAAUUGGAGAGAAGAGUGGGAGAAAUUAGUGGGGAUGAGUUGCAUUUGCAAAAAAAAUCACCGGGGAAGCUGUCAUUGGCCUUUCCGAUGAAGUUUCCACCGAAUUUUAAGAAGAUGUUUAGGUUUAGUGGGACUUUGGAGCAUUUUCAGCAAAGAGAGUAUUUAUCUCCGUAUGCUGAUGCUCGAGGCCUUGUAGCAGGAUCACAAGAAUUUGAUAAACGGGCAGUGGCUGUUAUGCAUGAGUUGCUUAGUUUUACACUUGAAAAGAGGCUGGUGACGGACCACUUGACGCAUUUUCGACGAGAGCUUGUGAUGCCUCAGAAGUUGAUGAGGUUGCUAUUGAAGCAUUUUGGUAUAUUUUAUGUUUCAGAGAGAGGGAAACGUUUUCAUGUGUAUUUGAAUGAGGCAUAUGCAGGGUCGGAGUUGAUUGAAAAAUGCCCCUUGGUUCUUUGGAAGGAAAAGGUUAUGAAUUUAAUUGGUUAUAGAGGGAAGAAGAAGAAGGCUGCCAGUUUUGAUGAAUUUUCAGAUAUUGAGGAUAAGGACUUGUUCAAGAAUGAUUCCGAGGACGAAAUUCUCGGAAUGAACCUAGAGCAGGAGAGUGCAAUGGAUGGUUUACAGGAGAAUGUGCUUGUCGAUGAUGCUGAGAUGGAUAUUGAGGAGCUUUCUAGUGCUUACAAGGAUGCCUAACAAUCUUCUGGUCAAUUUACGUUGUUUUCAAUUCGAUGGUUCUCGGCUAUGUGUCUGAUUUUAUUGAACAUUGAUGACGUUGCUAGUGCAAUGAAGUUUGCUUUAAAAUGGUUUUCAACUUCAUGGAUUUUGCUCUUAAAUGGGCUAAACCUGUAGGCUGUAGCAUCAGUAGGCAGUUGCUUUUAAGCUGGGUUUGUUGUGAGCUGUGGAUUUAUCUAUGUUCUGCAUAACGACAGGGGGACCUGCUGAGAUCUUUUCAUGGAACUCUGCCAGAGUGAAAAAUGCAACAAAAAUAUCUCGUGAAGUUGAUAAAUGCAAAAGGGGGUUUUCUAGUUUGAACCUGCAGUGGUCUGAGUUGUUUGUAUAUGCCAUCUGCAUCUCAAGUAGUCUUAUUCACUCAUCUCUCCAGACUCCCUGUGUAAAUCGAGUGGCGGACUUUCAUGUUUCUGAGAACCAGCUUGUAUGCUGUUGGACUUGGUUAUAUCGAAACUUGUGUAGAUGAACAUCGUACACGAUCAUCAUCUUUGGGAUUCAUAUACAAAACGAUUGGUUGGCGAUUGAAGGCUUUUGACAUUGCGGUUGAGACUAAGAUCAACUACUAGCAGGCCUAAUUGUUUGGUUAGAAGCACCACAAGUGAACUGUUGUGUGAUAAUAAUUUGUGCUUUUUGCAGAAUUGAUAAGAAAUACGAAAGAAACAACCCAUAGGAACAAAAGAGAUUUUACAGGGUUGAAGUGUCUUUGUUUUUUUUACACAGGCUGAAAGAAUAAACAAAAAAGUAACAAAAUAUUACUCACUUCGUUCUAAAAUAUAGUUCUCAUUUCUAUUUGGAUGUCCUAAAAUAUAGUUCUUGUUUCCAUAUUUCGUUCCACAUUUUUAUGUAAUUCAUCUAAAAAUACCAUGUCUGUAUCAUUUGUUUCUUAUUGAAAUUAAUUUUUUGCUUUCUUUAUUCAA